CCCAGCUCCUCUAGGGGAAAGUACAAAAAUCACAACUGCAACAGUGAACGAAAUGAGUCCGAGCAUCACUCCUGAGGGCGUUCAGCCUCAUCCUGGUCGCUCCACUGUGGCCCAGAGAAAGCAAGCCAACGAACUCAGAAAGACUUUAAAGCCUUUGCUGGAGAAGAGAAGACGCGCUCGCAUUAAUGACAGCCUGAAUCACUUGAAGAGCCUGAUUUUGCCUCUGGUUGGCAAAGACAACGCACGUUAUUCAAAGCUUGAGAAAGCUGAUAUUCUGGAGAUGACCGUGCGCUUCAUCAGAGAUCUCCCUUCCUCUCCAGCCAAAGACUCUACAGACAGUUACAAAGAAGGCUACAAAGCUUGCCUCCAGCGGGUUUCCGCGUUACUUCCCAAAACCAACCUGGAUCAGGACGCGUGCCAACGAGUGCACGACUUCAUCCAGCAGACCAUGUCCACCACCGUCACACCCACCUGCCUGAACUGCUGCGCCCAGAGCCAGAAGACUCUCCCUCAGAUCCAGCAGAGGCUUCUGAGCCUCAAGUCUAACUUUGGCUCCAGACUCGAGGGCCAGUCCCGCAGCGCAAUGUGCGUCCCAGCUCCAAGCCGAGCGCAGGCCCUCCAGCAGCCUAUCAGCGCUGCCAUGUGGAGGCCCUGGUAGAACUGAUAGACGUUUAACCAAUCCAUGUCAUUUAUUUUGAUCUGUUUGUACGUAUUUUAACUGUAUUAUAUAAUGCUUUAGAAGUGGAUAUUUGAAACAAUUGCUUGAUAGUACAGCAAUGUCAUUUUGCUUUGGUUGCUUGUAUUGCCUGAGGGCAAGAGCACAGAUCGCAAACAAACUGAAGUCUAUGAACGUUUUAAAGCGCAAUCCUCUUUGGGGUUUCAAAGAGACGGGUUGUAGACAACACUUUUGUAAAACCCCAAGGGUUAUUUAAUUUUGGAGGGUUGCACUAUGGACUUAAAGCUAUUUUGGUCUGUGCAACAGAACAGUUUGUAAACACUAUGUGUUCAAUAUAACUAAUGUUUUUGUGACCUUAUUUUUUUUUCCCCUGUCGUGAAAUGUGUGUUGUUUUCUUAAUUGAAUAAAUACAAAAAUAAACAUUUG